AUGAAAAAAGAAAUAAAUAAUCAUACCUUAUCAAGACGUGGUUUAGAAAGUCUAUCAAAAAAGAAGGAACAUUUUAAAAAUGAAGAGAAGAAAGUCUUUAGAAUAUAUAUAUAUGCUCUAAUAACUUUUAUAAUUUGUUCUUUAAUUUUAUUAUACUUUACUAAUAAUUCUAUAGAGAGUCAUGACUUAAUUUUUAAUAGUGAUGAAAUAGAAAUAUUUAAAGAUUUAUUAAAAAGGUAUAAGGAAGAAAACAGUUUAAAAAAUGAUGAAAAAAUAGAAAAUGAUUAUAAUAGUAAUGAUUUACAAAAGAAAAAAGUUAAUAAAAAUAUAAUAAUUGAUGAUUUAUACAAUUUAAUUGAUGAGAAGAAUAAUAUAAGUAAAGAAAGAUUAUUCGAAAUAUUAGAUGAUUUAUUACAAAAAAAAUUUAGCAAAAAGAAUGAAAAAGAGGAGUAUAUUUUAUUAAAUGGAAUAGCAAAAAAGAAUGAUAAUAAUUUAUAUAGAGAAUAUGAUAAGAAUGAGGAGUUAUAUGAUAGUAAAGCAUUGGUAAAUUUAUAUAGUAAUUUAAAAUAUGUAUCUAAAUUUUAUGAAUUUAUGAAUGAGCAUAAUAAGAAUUAUAAUAGUAUGAAAGAAAAAAUAGAAAAAUAUGAAAAUUUUAAAAUAAAUUAUUUAGAAAUAAAAAAACAUAAUACAGAAAAUCAUUUAUAUAAAAAGAAGGUAAAUAAAUUUAGUGAUUAUUCUAAAAAGGAAUUAGAAAAUUAUUUUAAAAAGUUAGUUCCAGUACCUUCUCAUUUGAUAGAAAAACAUGUAAAACCAUUUAGUACCAUAUUAAAAAGUGUGAAAGGAAUUGAAGAAAAAGAAAAAAAUAAAGAUUUAUUUAGUACAUUUCCUACUAAUCUAGAUUAUAGAGAAAAAGGAAUAGUACAUGAACCAAAAGAUCAAGGGGUAUGUGGAUCUUGUUGGGCCUUUGCAGGUGUAGGAAAUAUUGAAAGUAUGUAUGCAUAUAAAAAUAAGAAAAUGAUAAGUUUGAGUGAACAAGAAGUAAUAGAUUGUUCUAAAAAAUGUUUUGGAUGUGAUGGAUGCCAUCCAUUUUAUGCUUUUUUAUAUGCAUUGGAAAAUAAAAUAUGUUUUGAAGAACAGUAUGAAUAUAAAAUAAUGGAAAAUAUUUUUUGCUUAAAUUAUAGAUGUACAAAUAAAGUUUCUUUAACUUCAAUUGGUAGUGUUAAAGAAAAUGAAUUAAUAGAAGCUCUGAAUAAGGUUGGCCCUUUAUCUGUUUGUGUAGGUGCAAGUGAUGAUUUUGUUUUUUAUCAUGAAGGUAUUUUUGAUGGUAUAUGUACAAAAGAAGUAAAUCAUGCCGUUCUUUUAGUUGGAUACGGGCAAGUUGAAAAAAAUAAAAAUUUACAAAAAUACAAAGGAUCUUUUUCUGAUGAAGAUGAUAAUUUUAUAUACUACUGGAUUAUAAAAAAUUCAUGGGGAAGUAAUUGGGGAGAAAAUGGUUUUAUGAGAAUUAUUAGAAAUAAAAAUGGUGAUAACUUAUUUUGUGGAAUUGGUAAAGAUGUCUUCUAUCCUGUAUUAUAA